UUCGGGAUGCAGUUUGCUUUGCAGUUUUGUUUAUCGUUGCUCUUGGUUGCGCUAAGCCAGCAGACAGCCAGAUUGUCCUGCAAUCGGGACGGCUUUUGUGUCUGUGAAGGACAUCAAGUGGGCGAUACCGUAGCCAACUGCAAGGACUGCAACAGUUACUUCAAAUGCGAGCUGAAUAGCAUUAAGCAGGAAUGGUGUCCUAUGCAGCAUAUAUACGACAUAAAUGUAGCCGCCUGUGUGCCCGGACAGUGUCCACGCAUCGAUGGCGAGUGUGCCAAUCCGCAUCCUAUACCAGGACCAAUACCACCCAGCAAUUGCUCAAAUCCAGCCGUGCAGUGUCGCUUCCAUGGUCAAAUCUUGCCACAUGCCGACCACUGUCGCUUCUUCUGGACCUGCGUGGAAAACUGUCCAGUCAUGGGCUUCUGCGAGCUUGGCAUGUGGUUCGAUCGCCAGAAUUUUGUUUGCGAUUUUCCACAGAAUGUGCGCAACUGUCCGGCAAAUCGGGACUAAAGCGUAAUGCCAGCAAAAUAACUUACUUUUAACGGUCAUUAAACUGCAGCUGGCUUCACGAUUAGUCAACAACUGCAGCAAAAACAACCACAACAAUAGCGUUGCGAUAAUUUACGCAAAUUGCUUGACACAAUUUUUAUUAUUGUUAUUAUAAUUUUUAGUUGUUUUUUUUUCUUCUAUUUGCUGA